AUGUCUUUGUGUAUGAAUCGCCUCCAGGAGGAGCGUGAGGGCAUCUUGGAUCUCAAGAACUGGGAGUGCGGUAUACCUGGCAAGGAGAAGACUAUUUGGGAGGGGGGCCAGUUCAAACUGACCGUGCAGUUCCCUGACGAGUACCCAACGAAGCCUCCCAAGUGCAAAUUCGUCCCACCUCUGUUCCACCCGAAUGUCUACCCAAGUGGCACCGUCUGCCUGUCCAUUCUGAACGAGGAGGAGGCCUGGAAGCCAGCCAUCACUGUCAAGCAGAUCCUCAUCGGCGUUCAGGACCUCCUUAACGACCCCAACCCCGAGUCGCCUGCGCAGGCAGACGCCUACAACCUGUUCAAGAAAGACCGGGCGGAGUACGAGCGCCGGGUCAAGCGGGUGGUGCGCGACAACCCAGCCCCUUGA